GGAGAGAGGAUGAGAGAGAGAGAGAGAGAGGUGGGAGGUGAAAAUCGAGCUUAAAAAAUACAGAAGUCUAAAGUCAUUCGGACGUUGCUUUUGAACACGCAGUACCCUAACUGGUGCUGCCUGUGUAUGUGUUUCCAUGGUGAUGUCUGGAGGGCAGACCAGCGGAGAAACUGCUGGUGCCAGGCAGCGACGCAAGACCACCCCGAGCCCCGAGAGAGAGGAUCCGGAGGGACUUUCCAUACCGCCCCCUUCCCGCAAACUCUCGCCAAUGUACCCCAAGGAAGAGCUCAGCAUGGGGGUCAUCACCUCCUCUGUCAACUACCUGGAUGGAGCUUAUGAGUAUUCAAACUCAACUCAGACCUACAGCACCUCAUCACCCACUGAGCCUCCUCCUCCUGUCGGAUACUACCCGGCUCCCCCGGACCCUCACGAAGAACAUCUGCAGUCUUUAGGCACAGGAUCCAGCAGCCCUCUUAUGUUUGCACCCUCCAGCCCUCAGCUGUCCCCGUAUCUCAGUCAUCAUGGAGGUCACCACUCCACUCACCAGGUGUCGUACUACUUGGACACCUCCUCUAGCACGUUUUACAGGUCGAGUGUGGUAUCUUCUCAGCAGACAGGUGUUGGCCUGUGUGAGGAUCUCUGCAGUGCUACAGACAGACAGGAGCUAUACAACGACUCGAGAGCAACAGGAGGGUUUGAUGGAGCCAAAGAGACACGAUUCUGUGCAGUGUGCAGUGAUUACGCAUCUGGCUAUCAUUAUGGAGUCUGGUCCUGUGAGGGCUGCAAAGCUUUUUUCAAGAGAAGCAUUCAAGGUCACAAUGACUAUGUCUGUCCAGCGACCAACCAGUGCACUAUUGACAGAAACCGCAGGAAGAGCUGCCAAGCAUGCAGACUACGCAAGUGUUAUGAAGUAGGGAUGAUGAAAGGAGGUAUUCGUAAGGACCGUGGUGGCCGAGCUGUCAGGGGAGUAAGGAGGAGGAGUGGUAGUGAGGAUCAUGACAAAAGCUACAAUGAUCAGCCAGGUCGUGCAAAGGCCGCUCCUCCACAGAACAAGAGGAAGAGAAGCAGUGGUGGGGUGGUCGGUGCUUUAUGCAUGGCACCAGAGCAGGUGCUGGUGUUACUCAUGGGGGCGGAGCCACCCGCCGUCAGUUCAAGACAGAAAUGUAGUCGCCCAUACACAGAGAUCACCAUGAUGUCCCUGCUCACCAAUAUGGCCGAUAAAGAACUUGUCCACAUGAUAGCCUGGGCUAAGAAAGUACCAGGGUUUCAGGACCUCUCUCUGCACGAUCAGGUUCAGCUGUUGGAGAGCUCCUGGCUGGAGGUGUUAAUGAUUGGACUUAUAUGGAGGUCUAUUCAUUCGCCUGGAAAACUCAUCUUUGCUCAGGAUCUCAUCCUUGAUAGGAGCGAAGGAGAAUGUGUUGAGGGGAUGGCUGAGAUUUUCGACAUGCUCUUGGCAACUGUGGCUCGAUUCCGCAGCCUCAAACUUAAGUCAGAGGAAUUUGUGUGUCUCAAAGCCAUCAUACUUCUUAAUUCUGGUGCGUUUUCAUUCUGUUCCAAUCCUGUGCAACCACUGACUGACAGCUUCAUGGUGCAGUGCAUGCUGGAUAACAUCACUGAUGCCCUCAUUUACUGCAUCAGUAAAUCAGGUGCAUCACUACAGCUGCAGUCACGCAGACAGGCGCAGCUCCUGCUACUGCUCUCCCACAUCAGACACAUGAGCAACAAAGGGAUGGAGCACCUAUACAGGAUGAAAUGCAAGAAUCGAGUACCUCUGUAUGACCUGCUGCUGGAGAUGCUGGAUGCUCAACGGUUUCAAUCUUCAGGGAAGGUACAGCGACCCUGGGUAGCAAAUGAGAAAGAUCCACCCUCUACACCCACAAACAGCAGCGCCAGUCCAUCCAGAGGCUCUGGAGUCAUGCAGCCCAAUCUUGCCCGAGUAUGCCAAAGUCCCGAUUCAUGAGUUAGAGCUUCUGUAAAUUAUAGCUAGUAUUUAACAGCUGAACUAAGGAGAACUGUGAUUGAUUUCAAUGUAGCUGUCCACUUAUUAAACUGGGGCUGAUGUAGUCUCUGUUUGUGCCUUAAAAAGAUUACACCUUAGAUUCAGGUAGAUCUUAGCCCAACUUCACAGCAGAAAAUAAUAUGUUUACAGCCUGAUACAAAACUGUCUUUGGUCUUUAUAGCUUAUUUGGCCGCAUAAGUGACGGGUGAACUGCUAGGCGGGUGUGGUUUCCGCAACCAGCCACCUCAACUUUACCCAUUUUCGUGAUUCUAGUUGACGCGCAGCCACGAUACCUAUGGGUGACGUCACAGACACUACGUCCAUUUUUUUACAAUCUAUGGUUGACACAAACCAAAGAUAUUUUCACGCUUUAUUCUACGACAUAAAACACACCAAUUAUACCCCCACAUGUGAUUUUUAAAGCUUUAAAGUGUUUUUUAAAAGGCGGUUGCUAACAAGAUGCGGGACGUUGUUGGGGACUUUAAACGUCAUCAUGCAUAAAGAUCUCAAAAAGAACGCAAUAGAGGGUAUGCCAUAGAUAUGUAUAAAGGCUAGAUGUCUCACCCGCGCUGCUGGCCAAUUGAGUGGAACGUUCGCAUUUGGCAGCCAUCUUACCACAGGCAGCUCGCUUACUCGUAGAAUUGAGUUUUAAUGGUGCAUGUACUUUUAAAUGACCAAAACUUGCUUAAUUUUUACCGAUUUUCAAACGGUUUGGUUUGUUAUAAACGUCAAAGAUGUACCUAUGACACUGCAUACUUAAAAACAAAUUCAUGAAACAUGUUAAAGAAUGCAGAAUUAUAGCCACGUUAAUAACGUUUGUAAGAAACCAAACCGUUUGAAAAUUGGUAGAAAAUUGGGCAACUUAUGGUCAUUUAAAAGUACCCGCACCAUUAAACUCAAUGCUACGAGUGAGCGAGCUGUCUGAGGUAAGAUGGCCACAAGGUGAUGACGUUAGAGACUCUGCCAUAACACAUCUAGCCUUUAUACAUAUCUAUGGGGUAUGCAUUGACGUCCCUUUUCCACGUGACCAUGCCGGAGCACGCCCUGUUGAGUGGCAAACGUUUACCAAAAUGUCUGGUUUUCAUAGCGGCUGCUGCGAAAAUGCCAGUAAAACUGACUAUUAUCAGCUUAAAUUGAAUUUAGUUGGACUUGAUAGCAGAGGUGGACAAUACUUAGUUACAUUAGUUACAUUUUCUAAGCAUCUGUGCUUUAUUGGGGUGUCUGUAUUGGGAAAAAAAUAUUUCACUACAUUCUAAAGCAUAUAAUCAUACUGUGUAUUCUUUAAUAUUGCAUAUUAAAAUGUAUUUAAUACCUAAU